AUGAGACGCAGACAUGUAGUGAGUGCAGUGGUGGCAGUUUUCCUGUGCUGGAAUGUCAUCAUAUACCUCAUUCUGAUGUUAAGGCACCCAGGCAAGGUGAUCCCGCCUAGCAUGGAACUUGACAUCUUAGAUACUGGUAUACAGAACCAGCUAAAACAGAACCUAGCACUACUGUCCAAGCUGCAAAGUCUGCGUAAUGAAACAGGAAACAAGCCAAAAACACAUUCUCCAAUAGUUCUGCCGGACAGAAAAGGAGACGUCCAUGAUCUCAGCAAAGUGGUGCUCCCUGUAUUGUUGAUUGCUUGUGACCGAGUCACCGUAAACAGAAGUCUGAACCAACUCAUCAGGCUUCGUACUACGAAGGAACAAUUUCCCAUCAUAGUGAGUCAGGACUGUGCUCAUAAACCAACAGCUGAAGUAAUUCAGAAGUAUGUUGUCACCGACAACGUUGUACAUAUAAUGCAACCCAACCAGACCAAUAUGGAGUUGAAUAAGAAGGAUAAAAAAUUCCUAGGUUAUUAUAAAAUUGCUCGUCACUACAAGUGGGCCCUGGACCAGGUCUUCUUAAAGUUCAACUACUCCACUGUUAUCAUUGUAGAGGAUGACCUUGACAUCUCGCCAGAUUUCUUUGAGUAUUUCUCAGCAACUUAUCCCAUUCUGACCUCUGACCCUUCAGUGUGGUGUGUGUCAGCAUGGAAUGACAAUGGGAAGAAUGGAAUGGUUUCGGAGGAGGCGGAACUGCUGUACAGGUCUGACUUCUUUCCUGGACUUGGCUGGAUGAUGGAAAGGAAAACAUGGCUGGAGAUUGGACCAAAGUGGCCUAUAACGUUCUGGGAUGACUGGAUGCGCCAUCAGGACCAGAGGAAGGACAGAGUUUGUAUACGACCUGAGAUUUGUAGAACAAGUACAUUUGGAAAGAAGGGAGUUAGCAAGGGUUUAUACUUUGAGAAACAUUUAAAACACAUCAAGUUGAAUGACCAGUUUGUAGCAUUCACAAAGAAAAAUCUGUCCUACCUCAUGAAGGAGAAUUAUGACCCUUGGUUCAAACGUCUGGUGUAUGACACACCAGAGGUGACGGUUGCUGAAGUGAUGUCUGGAAGUAAAAAACACCUCAAGGCACUACGUGUUACAUACACAACAAAGGAACAAUUCAAGGCAACUGCCAAGAAACUUGGCAUCAUGGAUGAUUUCAAGGCUGGUGUCCCACGUGUGGCUUACAGAGGAGUUGUCAGCUUCGUCCACCAUGGACAGAGAAUUUAUUUUGCUCCAAAACCAGAUUGGCAAAAAUAUGACAUCAAAUGGACGUGA